AGGGGUAUAACAUUUAUAGGAAUGACUGGAAUUCUGAUAGACUUUGGUUUUUAAUGUAAAUAUAUAAUCACAUUAUUAUAUGUAGUAGAAAGUAAUGGGCUAGAGGAAGCCUAUAUAACCAACCCAUAAAGUACAAUUUAACAUCCAUAUAUAUAUAUAAUGGCCAGCUAUGUAAACUUUAACAUUGAUUGAUCUUGCAAUAAAUGUCAUUCAAUUAGUAACAUACAUGGUUUUGUAUUAUUCUAAUGCCUCUUAAGGGGGAAGUAAUCUAAAAGUAACUAAAUGUAAUCAGAUUACGUUACUGAGUUUGGGGUAAUCCAAAAGUUACAUUACUGAUUACAAUUUUGUACAGGUAACUGUAAUGGAUUUACAUUUAGAAAGGAACCCAACCCUGAGCAUACAGUAUAGAUGAUAUCCUCAAAGAGAGAAAAACAGACCACAGAAAUAACGCCUUCAGUCAGAAGAAUAAAAAGACAAUGUGAACAACACUCUUAGGAAAGGAGAGUAACUCCAGACCAUUCAUACUGUGGGUCUCAGAUAAAUACAUAUACUGUACCAUGGACUUAAUGUUGUAAAACAGUGUAUGUAAAUAAAGUUUGAUUUGAUUUGAAUGACGAGGAAAUGAUCAAACAGUACAGAGGAUUGUAGGAAAUUCACAGUUCUGCUGUUCAAAGUCUGUUUCAUUUAUCCUUUCUUUAGAAACAGCAAUAUCUGGUAUUUGAUUUAGGUCAGGCUGAUGUAAUUAAUACUUGAAAUGUAAAACAAUUCCAGAAAAGGUAUCCUUGCAUUUAUCCAAGAGUAUUUCUCAUAAAUUCUGACCUAAUGCUGCUCAUUCAUCAUGUUGAUUUAGUCUUGUAUGGAGUAAUGAUAAACUGUUGCCUCCUGGGGAAGAAUAGAUUCUCCCAGAUCAUCCUAUACUUAUGAUAACCACUAUUUGUCUACAUGUAGUCGUCGUUCUCCUUUACUACUGGUCUGUAGGCUGCCUUGCACAGUAAACUCCCAUCCAGCUGGCGGCCCUGUUGUGUUUCUGGGUUCGUCACCAACUAGAACAAAGAACGUCCCAAGAUUCCUUGACUAGAACACGGAAGUAGGAUUGGUAACGAGUUUUUUAUUGUUCCUUGUGUGGAGUAAAGAAAGACAUACUUACUAAACUAAAUAGGCUACCCAUCUCUAAUUUUAUUAAAAUGUCUAAACUACAGAUGUUGUGUGUGUUUUUAAAUGAGCGUUUAUCGGCGGCUGCUGUGGAUAUUUUUGGUGCAGUUGAGAAAACGGUAGGAGAAUACCAGGAGGAGAAUGAUCGGCUACGGAGACUGCUGCGGAGGACACCAGAGAUACAACUAUGUCGAAUAGAACCCGUGCAGCUCUCUGUCUCUGAAGAGGAGGUUCCCCCUGAGCAGCAGCACUGUGAGCAGGAGUGGAGCCCCAGUCUGGGGCAGAAGGACCCAGAUACCAUGCAGAUUAAAGAGGAACAGGAGGAAGUCAGGACCAGUCAGGAGGAAGAGCAGCUUCAAGGGGUGGAGCCUGAUAUCAUAGAGUUCAUAUUUACUCCUCCUUGUGUGAAAAGUGAAUGUGAUCAGGAGGACCCACGUCAAGAUCCCAUACUUGCUGAACACCCAACUCUCAGUCCACUGAAAAUGUCUAAACUACAGUCGUUUCAAGAGUUUUUAAAUGAGCGUUUAACGGCGUUUGCUGCUGUGGAGAUUUCCGGGGAAUUUGCGAAAGCAGUAGCAGAGUACCAGGAAGAGAAUGAUCGGCUACGGAGACUGCUGCGGAUCACACCGGAGAUAAAACUAUGUAGAAUAGAACCCGUGCAGCCCUCUGUCUCUGAAGAGGAGGUUCCCCCUGAGCAGCAGCACUGUGAGCAGGAGUGGAGCCCCAGUCUGGGACAGGAGGACCCAGAGACCAAACAGAUUAAAGAGGAACAGGAGGAAGUCAGGACCAGUCAGGAGGAAGAGCAGCUUCAAGGUCUAGAGCCUGAUAUCAUGAAGUUCAUAUUCACUCCUUCCUGUGUGAAAAGUGAAUGUGAUCUGGAGGACCCACUUUGGUCCUUGACUCUUCCCCAAAUCCAGACUGUGGAGAACAGAGAGAGAGACUCUAAACCAGUGGAUCUCAAACCUUUUGUCACUGUGACCCACAUUAAGGGUCUCAACAUUCCCUGUGACCCUCCAGGUAAUCAAAACAAUGCCUCCAGACACAGUUCAGCUGUAAGCAGCUACACAGUAGGACUUGACAGCAGCCCACCAUUGGAUCCCAGUCCACCAUUUGAAAAACACUGUUCUAAACCCAGCACCACAUCUAGAAAAACUCACAGCUGUCGUGACUGUGGUGAAACAUUUGCUAAAAAAGCUGACCUGAAGAGACAUGUGACUCUCACCAAGAACAGACCCAGUGAAUGUCGGUUCUGCAAGAAAAGUUUCAACUCCACCUGUAAACUGAAGGCCCAUGUCCGACUCUGUCACAGUGGGAAACCCUGUAUCUGCCCUUUUUGUGGAAUGACCUUCAAACAAAAAGGAGCCCUGUCCAAUCACAUGAGGAUUCACACAGGAGAGAAACCAUUUUGCUGCGUUGACUGUGGGAAAAGCUUCAAUCGGAAGAUGAGCCUAACUGAACAUAAACUGACUCACACAGGAGAGAAACCAUUUAGCUGUGGUGACUGUGGGAAAAGCUUCAAUAGGAUGGGGCACCUAAACAUGCACAAAGUGACUCACACAGGAGAGAAACCAUUUAGCUGCAUUGACUGCGGGAAAAGCUUCAAUCGGAAGGGGCACCUAACCAUGCACAAACUGAUUCACACAGGAGAGAAACCUUUUACCUGUGAUGACUGUGGGAAAAGCUUCAAUCGGAAGGGGCACCUAACCAUGCACAAUCUGACUCACACAGGAGAGAAACCAUUUACCUGUGGUGACUGUGGGAAAAGCUUCAAUCGGAAGGGGCACCUAACGAUGCACAAAGUGACUCACACAGGAGAGAAAGCAUUUAGCUGUGGUGACUGUGGGAAAAGCUUCAAUCAGAAAGGGGACCUAAGGAGGCACAAACUAAUUCACACAGGAGAGAAACAACAUGGCUGCUCCGUCUGUGGUAAAAGAUUCACUCAGAAGACGAAUCUGCUGAGGCAUGUGGAUAAAAUCCACAAAGGAAAGCAACAGGACAGAAACUGAAAGAUGAAAGAACAUUAGGACAAAGAGAUUAUCUGUCAGGCUGUAUCACAACUGGCCGUGAUUGGGAGUCCCAUAGGGCGGCACACAAUUGGCCCAGCGUUGUCCGGGAGUGGCCGGUGUAGGUAAGAAUUUGUUUUUAACUGACUUGCCUAGUUUUAAAAAAGGUGGGGGAACUUAACCACACAUACAAACUCACAGCAGAGAUAAUUCCUUUCGCUGUGGUGACUGGGCAAAGCUUCAUUCAGAAGGCGGACCUAAGGAGGCCUAAACUAAUUCACACAGGAGAGAAACACCGUGGCUGCUCCGUCUGUGGUAAAAGAUUCACUCAGAAGACGAAUCUUCUGAGGCAUGUGGAUAAAAUUCACAAAGGAAGAAUACAGGACAGAAACUGAAAGAGGAAAGAACAUUAGGACAAAGAGAUUGUUUAUCAGGUAAGUGAAUAAAAAGGCAGGAUGUGGAUAAAUCUCUUAGGAAGCAACAGUGAUAUGGCCCUCAUCAAAUAUGCAGACGACAUGGCUCUGGUUGCUUGCCUGGAGGUCAAGGCCAUCUCCAGCUACUCCCAGUUCAUUGACUGCCUCUUGACAUGGUUUGACAAUAUCUUAAGACUCAGAAUAGUAGAAUACACCAGGUCCAAUUUAGACAUUUGGUUGUGCAUCAGCAGUUUGACACUGACAGUCACUCAAUUAGCGAUGUCAGACCAAGCAAAAACAAGUCUUCAGAAAUGUUUGCAAAUGUAUUAAAAAAUGUAACCUUCUUUAUUCAGGUACAUUCUGUUUCCAUUGAUAAUCCUUGAUGUUUCUACAACUUGAUUGGAGUCCACCUGUAAACUCAAAUGAUUGGAUAUGAUCUGGAAAAGCACACAGCUGUCUAUAUAAGGUCCCACAGAUGACAGUGCAUGUCAGAGCAAAAACCAAGGACCAUGAGUUCGAAGGAAUUGUCCGUACAGCUUCGAGACAGGAUUGUGUCAUGGCACAGAUCUGGGGAAGGGUACCAAAAAAAUUCUGCAGCAUUGAAGGUCCCCAAGAACACAGUGGCCUCAAUCAUUCUUAAAUGGAAGAAGGUUGGAAUCUCCAAGACUCUUCCGAGAGCUGGUUUCCCGGCCAAACUGAGCAAUCGGGGGAGAAGGGCCUUGUUCAGGGAGGUGACCAAGAACCCAAUGGUCUGUCUGACAGAGCUCCAGAGUUCCUAUGUGGAGAUGGGAGAACCUUCCAGAAGGACAACCAUCUCUGCAGCACUCCACCAAAUCAGGCCUUUAUGGUAGAGUAGCCAGACAGAAGCCACUGCUCAGUAAAAGGUACAUGACUGACAGCUUGGAGUUUGCCAAAAGGUACCUAAAGGACUCUGACCAGGAGAAACCAAGAUCGAAAUCUUUGGCCUGAAUAUCAAGCGGCACGUCUGGAGGAAACCUGGCACCAUCCCUACGGUGAAGCUUGGUGGUGGAAGCAUCAUGCUGUGGGGAUGUUUUUAGCGGCAGGGACUGGGAGACUAGUCAGGAUCAAGGGAAAGAUGAACAGAGAAAAAUACAGAGAUCCUUGAUGAAAACCUGCACCAGAGUGCUCAGGACCUCAGACUGGGGCAAAGGUUCACCUUCUAACAGGACAAAGACCCUAAGCACACAGCCUAGACAACGCAGGAGUGGCUUCAGGACAAGUCUCUGAAAGUCCUUGAGUGGCCCAGCCAGCACCCAGACUUGAACCCGACCCAACAUCUCUGGAGAGACCUGAAAAUAUCUGUGCAGCGAUGCUACCCACCCAACCUGACAGAGCUUGAGAGGAUCUGCAGAGAAGAAUGGGAGAAACAAAUACAAGGUGUGCCAAGCUUGUAGCGUCAUACUCAUAUACUGCUUCAACAAAGUACUGAGUAAAGGGUCUGAAUACUUAUGUAGAUGUGAUAUUUCAGUUUUUUUGUCAUCAAUUUGCUACAAUUUCAAAAUAAAAAUCUGUUUUUGCUUUUUCAUUUUGGGGUAUUGAGUGUAGAUUGAUGAGAAAAAACAAAUGUAAAUGUUAGAAUAUGGCUGUAAAGUAACGAUGAGGAAAAGUUGAGGUGUCUGAAUAUUUUCCGAAUGUACCGUGUAUAUAGAGGUUGGAGCUGCCAUACUAAAGCUCCUGUUAAUCAGUUGUGGGGGGUUAAGUGCCUUGCUCAAGGGCAGAACAGCAGGUAUGGCAUCUAGGAUUUGAUACCAGCAACCACUCACUUGUCCAGUGGGAUUGGACCCCUCCGCUUGCGGUCUUGUCUCUCUUAACCACUAGACUACGGUCUUGCCUCUCUUAACCACUAGACUACGGUCUUGUCUCUCUUAACCACUAGACUACGGUCUUGCCUCUCUUAACCACUAGACUACGGGCUUGCCUCUCUUAACCACUAGACUGCGGUCUUGUCUCAACCACUAGACUACGGUCUUGUCUCUCUUAACCACUAGACUGCGGUCUUGUCUCAACCACUAGACUACGGUCUUGUCUCUCUUAACCACUAGACUACGGUCUUGUCUCUCUUAACCACUAGACUACGGGCUUGCCUCUCUUAACCACUAGACUACGGUCUUGUCUCAACCACUAGACUACGGUCUUGUCUCAACCACUAGACUACGGUCUUGUCUCUCUUAACCACUAGACUACGGUCUUGUCUCUCUUAACCACUAGACUACGGUCUUGUCUCUCUUAACCACUAGACUACGGUCUUGUCUCUCUUAACCACUAGACUGCGGUCUUGUCUCUCUUAACCACUAGACUGCGGUCUUGUCUCUCUUAACCACUAGACUACGGUCUUGCCUCUCUUAACCACUAGACUGUGGUCUUGUCUCUCUUAACCACUAGACUUUGGUCUUGCCUCUCUUAACCACUAGACUACCUAAAAACCUGUUGGAGGAAAGUAUUGGAGGAAACUCACAGGUCCCCUGUUCAAAGUCUCUUGAUGUUUUAAAAACUGAAAUUCCUGAUUGUUUGUUUUGAUGAGAGAAUGGUCAGUCUGAUGUUAUUGAUACAUAAAGAAUAUCUCCUUCCAAGAGUAUUUAUCAUAGAUUGUCCUAAUACUGCUAAUAAAUUAUAUACAGUUGA